AGAAUGCUGGUCGGCGGCCUAUGUUCAAUUGGGAGUAACAAGCGAAAGUAUCCUCUGCCAAGUCGAUACUUAUUAUCACUAAAAGCGUUUCGUAGAAGGCAAACAUACGGCUACAAACGCUCUUGUAGAGAACCGACACAAACGAGUACAAUUCUCUGCCAGACAGAUGAACAUAUAAACUACCAUGGAGAUGAAAAACGGAAGACGUAUUUUUACGAAAGGUCUCUUAAUGAUCAAUGUGGACGUAAUCUAGCAGCGAUUCUUUCAGAUGAACCCAAUUCAUUCUACUGUACUCGUGAUACACCUUUGAUCAAUGAAAUAUUUGGUGAGUAUGUCAAUGAACAAAUAGUUCAGUCACAUACAAGUUCAUGUGAUACAUAUGAAAAAUUGUGCUCAAAAUGUUUUAAUCGUAUGACAGAAAAUUCAAAAUGCAAUUCAAAAUAUAUGAAUAUGAAUGAAUUUUCAGAAAUUAGUGUUAAUUAUGAUGAAGGUGAAAGAACUGUAACCGAUGCAAAAUGCUGCGGUUUAUCUUGUUAUAAUACACCUGUAUGUUUAUCCUACUACAGUUCAAGAUGUCAAUCAAAUAAAACGAAAAACAUUACAUUGGAAGAUAAAGUUUGUAUGGAUGGUAAUACAUUUCAAAUAUCAAUAACACCGGAAUUCGACUUUCACAAUGGCACAUUUAUGUGUCAUUUAAAACGAACCAAUUAUUCACAUGGAUUUCGAUUAAAAUUCUCAAUUGAUUUAUCUGAACUUAUUAAACAAAAGAUUUCCGACAACUAUGUGAACACUCGUACGGUGCUUUCAAUUGAAAGUCAACACAAUUUCGGUACUUAUGAGAAAUACAAGCUAAAUAUCAAUGCACUCGAUGUUGAAAUUUUAGUUGACGAACCCAAUAGAAGCAUGCUCCGUAGUUUCAAAGAGGUGAUACUAAUGGGUCGAAAGGUGAAAAAAUAUAAUGCCUAUGAAUUUUUUGUACAUAAGCCUCCAUCAGCAAGUGGAAUUAAAAGCAUUCAGUCAUCUGUUGAACAUGUCCUACAUACAGAUUCAGCAUUCACAACGAUACAAAGUAAUAAACCACAUGCAUUCAGUUCUAUAAAUUGGAAGCAUAAAGGCUGUGAUUUAGAUAUUUUUCAAAAUAUCAAGGUGACAAAAGCAUUGUCUGAGUUCCUUUCAAAAGGUUAUCCAGUCGAAAUUUUUCCAGCAUCAAAUGUCAAAACAAAUACACCACGUUCAAUGUCAGAUAAAGAAGACAAUGUUUAUUCGAAUAUACUGCACAGAUUUCGAUUAAACGAUAAACAUGCAACUUUACCAAGAGCAAACAUUAAACUGUCAGGUAAUCAUUCAGUAUUACGAUCAAUAUUUUGUAACAAUGAAAACUUCUCGGCUAACUUCAAAUUACACACAAUUACAGAGGGAAAAUCAAUAGGACAAUUUCGAAUUACACGUAAAGUAAUAGAAGCAUCAGUGAAAUUUGUAACUAAUUCAUUGGGUCAAGAAAUACUUCAUAUUUUUGUGACAGGUUACGUGACAGGAACACCAGCGUACAUCAAUUUCAAACUCAUUUGGCCUGCAAACUCAUUGAUUCUAAGUAAUCAUGAUGUUGUCGUACUGAACUCACAAACAAAAGAUUACUUCAGACCGAAUAAAAAAAUAGAAUCAUUUCAGUUAACUUAUCAGAUAGAUAUUAAUUCAAUCAACGAGAUUCCAUUUAAAACAUUAUUUUCAUCAUCUUUCCAGCCGACAUUAAUUUUUGAUCUAAUUAUCCAAGAGUGUGAUGCCAAUGUUGGACUAAGAAUAUACACUCCACUUUUCAGCAAUCGUAAAAAAGACAAAAUGCUUCAGGGUGGUGUUGUUAAAGGAUCAAUGGUUAGCAUACAUUCUAACAAGAGUACAGUGGAAGAAUCAUCACAUUGGGUUAUGUUCAGUCCUUUAUUAUUUAUUACGAUUGGAAUUAGUUUGCUUUAUUUUUUGGUACUGAUUAUAUUUGUAUAUAUAAAACAUUGUAUCAUAUCAAACAAAGGAUACCCGAUUUCAGUUGAAUAUCAAAAACAAAUUAGUAAUAAUCAUUACGGUAAUGACCUACAGUACCAUCAGUUACUACUUCAUCCGUUUCCCAUCAAGCUGAAUAAUCGUACUUUGUAUUACACAACAUCAAGAAAAGGUGGAGAUUACAUUCAAACAUUUCCUCCAACUAGACAAACCUUAUAUCAUCCCACCAUCGUUGCGAAACACCCUUAUCAUAAUUAUGGUAAUGAAUCACAGAGCUCUUACCGAAAAUUCUCAUCCAAUUCUACCUGGCUUAAUCAUAAUACAUGGAAUACGAAUAACUCACAAAUAAAACGAAUAUUUUUAUUUACACAUCUUGCAUUCCGUGUCUUUUAUACCUUUCUCUUCACAUUCAGUGUUGCUGUUUCCCUAAUAUUUAGUUUACAACCUUCAGGUAGGAUCUCAACAUUUGAUAAUAUUUUACAAUGGCCAAAAAUAAAUCGAGAGUCAAUAGAGUUCAAUUCACUUCACAAUAGUAUGCACAGGCCAUCACAAAUAUCAGUUUUAACAACAUCAUCCUUGCCAAUGCAUGAAACAGAAAUAGAUCAGAUUCAUCUAGUUGGUCCGAUUUUAAGGCUUCAGGCUGAAGUCCACUGGAUUGAAGAAUUUACUGAACAAGAAUUAAAAAGACAACUUGAUUACGUUGAGCGUAUGAAACUAGCUUGUCAGCACGCUAUGACAGUUGAAUUGACCGAUGCUCUUAGAGAAGGUAGACAUUUGGUAAAUACGAGGCUUGAAAAAUGGCAGUUUAAUAGUUCAUCACAAAAUACUGAUACUUUAAACGACAGCACAUUACGUUCUGUCAAUGAAUUAGCAAAUAUUCAUUUCAACAGACAACGUACAUUAUUUGAUCAUUUGUAUGAACAAAUGAGUCGAAAGUUAGAUUUCCGUGGUUCUGAAUCAUAUAAAAACUAUGCAAAUAUGCUAAAUUCUGUUUUUCAUUCUGGUUGGCUUCAAUAUGUCAAACGUAUGUUGAACACUUCAGAUAACUUAGAAAAAAAUCCUAGACACUUUUCCAAUCACAAAGUACAUACAGAAACUAAACUAAACUUUCAUGACAGUAUGAGAAGAUAUUAUGAAUUCGGUCAACAAAGAUCCGGUAUCAAAGCACCAUAUGUGGCUUUAAUGAAUUAUAUGAAUUUUUACCAAGCUGAUGCUGUUCAUCUGUUACCAAUACAGCUACUCGAGAAUCUUAAGAAAGUAUUCAGUUCUCCGAAUCAUUAUCGUUCACUGUUUCAUUUAUCCCCAGAAGCAUCUAGCCAUCCCAUGAAUUCUGAGUCCAAUUUUAAAGCAAAUCAUCAAGUGAAUAGUUUCAAAACUCUACAAAAUCAAAAAACACAACAAGAACGUGUAUUCUUAACAACAAAUGAUUUAGAAGAAUAUACAGAUGGCACAAUUAGUUCAGUGAGUGAUAAAUCUACACAAUACUUUUUCAAUGAACAAAAUACUUUAUUCUCAGAAAAUUUUAUUCAAUAUAUUAAAGACAAUAGUCAACAAAAUGUUCAAAAUCAUUCGAACUAUCCAAGCAGACAUCCAAUGUUACCAGUGAUGACUUUAACACAUAUUCGUUUAAGUUUACUAAUUUUAGAUUGUUUCAUUAUUGCUUAUAGAUUUUUUCAUACAUAUGAAAUUUUGAAAGCUUUUUGGACAGGCCAAACCUUAUUUGUCGAUGCAUCAAGCUGGUUAGAGAGACAAACACACACCACUGUAGAUAAUGAAAGAGACAAUGGAAACUUUCAUGAAGCAAGCAAAACAACAGUUGAACCGUUUGACAGUCAUUCAUGUAGAAGAUUUUCAGAAAAAGGAAAAUAUCUGGAAUCAAAUUUGUCUGAUUUCAAUGAGACACCGAAUAACCGCUUUUCAAGAAUAGCAUUAUUUCAAUGUCUUCCACAACAUCAAAAUCUAUUUGAAUGUCGACAUGAAAAGCAGGCAUUGUAUCAACCAUCGAUGUAUUCAUCUGGAAUCCCAAGAAAUUCGCAAUCUUCUGAAACAACAUCCUCAUCGAUACUUUCUAAUCAAGUCACUGAUUCACAAAGUAAAAAUAAAUCAAAACAGUACUUUCACUUAAAUUCUUUAUGUGACCACUCAACACAAAAUCCAAGUGAUGCACUUCCUGACAGAUCAUUGAUUCCUAUUGGACCACCAUUAUGCCUACCACCAUCAUCAUCUUUUAGUAUUGAACAAAAUACUGGUUGCAUAUUAGGCAUACGAAGUGCAUGCUGUAGAAAGUCACAUUACAUCAGUUCAGUAAUUGGAUUCACUGUGAUUGUUUUAUUGUUCGGUUUAGUACUGGUCCAAAUGUACAAACCACAUGUAGCAACACCAAAUAAAAUAUCGCCACCAACAUCAACGUAUUCCAAACAAAGCAGUUCACAAGUUUCAGCGAACGAAAUUCCAUAUUUAUCAACUCCAAUAGGUUUUUUUCUUCCUUAUUAUGAAUUAUUGAUCCGUGACCAUAGUAAUCGACUAAAUGAAGACUGGCUUGAAUGGACAAAACGUAAUGAGCUGGCUAUGCGCGGACGCGUACUCAACUAUCUGUCAAGAUUUAAACAUGAAUUGAAUUACCUCGAUCAACAAAUGGACACAGAAAAUUCAGUUGUUCAAUCACUUCUGUCUCAAGUGGAAUCAUCAUCUCCGAUAAUUAAAUCAGAAAAAUCUCACAGCAAACCAACAAAUUAUCCAACCUCACCCAUUUUUAAUUCAGAAUUUUUAUUUCGUCAACAGAUUUGCCAUUUUUUACCAGUAACAUCAGUUCCAAUAAACGAAGAAAACAUUUCUUUGAAUAAAGAAGGUAUUAUAACUUCACUGAAUAAAAAAAUAAGACCGAACAAUAUUAAAAGAAUUAUCUGGACUUCAGCGAUCAGUACAUUUGUAGAUUUUGAUUGGAAUAGUGAAGAACAAGCAAAUAAUUUAUUUAUAACUGCUGUUAUUGUCGGUAUAGUAAUGAUUAGUUGUAUUGGUAUAGUAGACAUAGGUGGCAAAAUCUUAAAAAUAUUAUACAUCAACCCUACGGUCUCUAUGUUUGAUAUAAAAAAGUGGAAAAGUCAUUCAAAGGCAUCAAGUAACACGGAAGAACCAAUGGACUAUGUUCGAAUCAUUGAGAAUAUUAUUCUAAUAUCACCUCAACCAGCACCGAUUAUUCCAUGGCCUACAAAACGAUUAUUAAAUAUGAAUAGUCAACUUAACCCCACAAACAGACAGAAAUUAAGUCCUGAAUCUUCAGUAUCGGUAAUUAAAGAACCAGAAAAUCAAAUUCCGUUAACUGCAUUUUAUUUAGAUUCUAAUCUUGUUCUAACACCAAAUAAUACGACACCUAUUAUAAAUAAUAAAACAGUUCAACUCGAUGAUAUUUCACAUUCCGUACCUGUUUUCAUUGCUCAUUCACCAUCAUCUACACCUGUUAUUGCAUUAAAAACAGAUUCUUGGGCUUCCACUAAUCAACUCUCAGGCAUAUUCUUUGAAAAAACAUGAGCAGAAUACUUAUCAUUUUUCUUUAUAAUCUACUUGUGUAAAUUUUUCCACUUGCUAUAUGUAUCUUUCUCCUUUCUUUGCUGAGUUUCCUUGUAAUUAUGAUAAAUAUUCUUACUGAAGUUUUUCUAUUGAUGCUUAGUGGAUGGAUUAACAGAGAAAAGUUUCAACCUCUUAUGUAUAUAUAUAUAUAUAUUUCAAAAUAGACUUUACGCUCAGACUUUCGUUUUGCAAUAAAAAUAACGGAUCCCCACAAAAACAUUGAAAAAAAAUAUUUUCUAGGUAUAUGAAAAUCAUAAGUGGCUAUCUGACGGAUCGGGAGUACAACUGAAAAAUUAAUAUGCCUCAUAAAAUCAAUAAUCUUUGAAGCACUAUCCAUGUAAUCUGGGUUCAUUAGUUUCAACAAAUUGACUUUUUGAGAAAAGAUUGAUAAUAACUUUAUUCAUAAUACAGAAUUUUAAGCAUGAAUUAGGUAAUAUUGCAAAACAAUUCUAUUCAACAUACAUUCGUGUUGUUAUCCAUCUUCAGUUACAAAUUUACCUACCACCUCAACUAUAACAACUGGUUUUCAUAUAUCAUAUAUAGGAUGAGUGGGUUUCAAUAUAUUCGCCUUUUUUUCACUAGGUAAACUAACAGGGGAAUACAUCGACAUUUAUAGAAUUACCAUUUUAAUUUCAAAACACUUAGCAUAUGAAUUAUUUGUAGCACUUUUUAUGGUACUUUGUGGGUACAUCAGUUAAUACAACUAUUUACUUCCAGAAAAAACAGGAAGGUUAUUUGUAUUAUUUUCAAAGUUAGAAAACAGUUAGUACAAACCUUUGAGAAGUCAUCUUAUUUAUAUAUCAGUUACAGAUUCAGAAGACAAAAAUCAAACCAAAUGUUUCUGAUUAUUCUAUUAAUGUUUUUCUAGUCGAACCACAAGUUAUAAUUUCAAAUAAAGUUCACUAUUACUAAGUAUGACAAUACAUUCACUAAAUUUCCAGUUUAUACUUAAACGGCGCUUAAUCUUGCACUCCUUAAAAUCUUUUGAAGCGGUUGAAUGUUUUGCACAAAAUUACUUAAUUUACUUUCCCUAAUGUAAAACUAUUAAUGAAAUGACUUCGAGAAACGGGUUGAAGAAACUAGCGUAUCUUUAUCAUCGAAUGUGAACCUAUUCACAAACACUUUACAGUAGUGUAGUGAACAACAACACGAGUGGGAACAAUCGAAUUUAUUUAAACACAAAAUCACAGAACAUCUUAGUAAAAUCUGAGAACCAUACAGUAUAUACUUAAUUUGCAAAAUGUCAACCAAUUGUCACAAACUUGACUUUUCCUUUUACAAAUAUUAGUCAAUCGUCUCAAACUUCAUUUCUAUUUCGUUUCCAUACCAAUUACUUUCUCUUACCGUUCUUUCCUUCAUGAUCUUCUCAAAUUCUGCUGCCAGACAUUGUUACUGACUAGCGUUAUAUACUACUUAUGUCGGAAACGUAGCACACUCCACAGUGGUUUAUAUGUUUGCAAAAAUAUUUCUAAAAAGGAUGUGAACUUAUUGACAUACAUCAAUCCUUGAAAGAAAUUCAUAUCAACUACAACAUUCAGAUAUUAAUACUGAAAGAAGGUUAACAACAUGUAAAUGUUAUCAUCUUUUACGCAAACUUUUCAAAAUAUUAUCAGAAACCAAUCAAUAAUAAUUCUGAAAGGAAUCAGUAUUUAAGAAAUACGAGCCCAGAUUGAACUCCAAUGCCUAUAGUCUCUUCAACUUACAAUGUCAAUCAUGCUCAAAAGCUUUACCGUCGUUCAAGUACUUAUGAUUUACCAUGCAUUCUUGUGUUACUUUAUAUUCGUUUUCACAGUUUAAUGCAUCUUAUUUAUCAAGUAAAGAUUUGUGACCUUGUUUUUGUGUGUGUCGAAUCAUGAUAUCAUCAGGUGCCAAAACGAAGUAGAUGGAAUGGACCUGGAACUCUCAGAGUACGAGUUUAAAGCUGAGUCACCGUAUCAUUAAACCAGUGUUAUAUAAGGAGACAGGUGUAUGAAAU